AUGAAGCGGCCCAGUGAGCAGUCUUCGAAAAAACCCGUGUCUCGUUUGCGGGCGAUUCCCGGUCUCGAGCCCAAAAACACGAGCCUGUACCAGGAUCCACGAUUUGAUACAGCCUUAGGAAAAGCAGAUCUUCAACAGACGAGAAAGAAUUAUGCCUUCCUAGACGAGUAUCGCCAAGCUGAACUCAAGCAAAUGAAAGAAGAGCUUGCCAAGAGUAAGGACCUUAAAGAGCAAGAGAUUUUGGAAAAGGCAAUCAGAUCGCAAGCAUCGCGGCUAGAAACAUUCAAGAGACGAGACCAGGAGGCGGAGAUUCUCCGGAAAAUCAAAAACCAACCCAUUUCGCGAGCCAAGAAGCGCGAGAUUGUUCUCAAAGAACGAUUCGCCGCCAUGUCGAAGAAGGACGCUUCAAGAGUCAUUGAGAAGCGUCGCCGCAAGGUUGCUCAAAAGCAGAAGAAGGCAUUGCCGGAUCGGAGGGUUUAA